GAAAUGUAAAACUACUUCCGGUAUUUUCGGUCUGAACGAUUUAUAUGUGGUUAUUUCCCUCGUUUGACCAAUAUUCAGAUGUACAUAAGAAAGAAAAUGAAAUCAUGAAGGACAUCUUCAGGUAUUUAAAUGAUUGGAACUUAUGAAAUAUAAACUACAGCAUCAUCCUCUUCUGUUACCAUGGCAACUAUAGCAGCAGUGGUUGAGAAGUACGACUUUGUGCGAUGCACAGAACAAGAUGAGGAACAAUUCAAUUCAGAUUUGAAUGAAAUUGAAGUGGAUCAAGUUUCAAAAGAUCAGGUUUUAAAAGACAUUGCAGCCUUGGUCCCUCAAGUAUCAUCUCCACACUUUCCACUAAAUUGGACCCCUUGUGUCAAUAUGGUAAAUGCUACAAUUGAAAAGAUCUGCUAUGUUCCAAGUUGGAAUGAAGAUGUUGAUAUGGAAAAGUUUUACCAUGAAUUCUAUGGGGUUUAUCUAUGUUGUCUUCAAGGUCUCCCAUCUGGAUCACCUACAAGUGGACAUAUCGCCAUCAUGGACACGAUUCGCAACUCUAAAGAUAUGAUGGAUGAGUUCUUUCAAAAACUGUCUGGCUCUGACCUUAAAGGUCUUCUAUCACAUUACAAGAAAGAUUAUGUGAUUCCUCCUAUUGAGACAGACCAUCAUUCCUACGCAUAUGAUCUUGCUAGUCAUAUAGAACGAAUCCUCAAAGACCUUGGAGAGGAUCAGUUAAAAGAUGUGAAACUAGAGCUAUUAGACUUCUGGCUUUUCUGUAAAUCUAAACUGAUGGGCGACAAUGAACAUAUACACUUAAUUUACGACAACUUGGGAGACUGCCUGGAAAGUCUGUUAAAGCAGGAUACUGACAAAGUAUUUGAGGAGCUGCCUAGCUAUGCUGGAGUUCUUGAGCAAUGGAAGGCUAUGAAGGUUUUAAUAGAGCACCCCAAGUUCCCAGAGAAUAAAACCAGUGACCUUCUGGAUGAGGCUUUUUACCUGUUCAACGUGGAUGAAUGCUCUAAAGCAAUGUUCUCUGACUUGAUGCAGUGUACAUUUCACUGGUAUGCAUUUGAGACUAAAGAUCUGGCAUCCCAGGCAUAUGACAUCAGUAAUUUUAUCAUUGACUCCGAGCUAGGUGUAUUUCUAAAGGAUCCAACUCAUAUAAUUGAUACAUACUGCCCCAAAGUGUUGGAGCUUCUGAAGAAUCCUAAAAUCCUGGACACCAAAAAGGACAAAACUGGAUUUCGAAUUGUUGAUCAGACAGUAUAUUCUGUGCUUAAACCAUGCUGCAAGACAAAAGCAGAUUGUGAGAAGAUGUUAGAAAUAGUGAUGGCCAUGUUGGAAACAGGGAAAGAAGAUUUUAUCAAGAAAGGGGAAAAUUUAAUAUACGAUUUAGAGGAAACCAUAGACUGGAAGCAACUCAAGGAUUCAGCCAACAAGUUGCUCAUGACAUGUGUUGCUAAAUUCAAAACUGAGAUGGAGGAAAAGGAUUGUAAAUCACUGCAACAUUUUGCCAAAAAGAUCUUAGACUAUCACAAGGACAAUAAAAUUUUGAAGAAUAUCAGUGGUUCAGUGUUGGAAAUUUUCUACUUGUGCCUUGAGACCCCAAAUGACAUGAGAGCUGAUCUUGCAGAGGAGACUGUAGACUACUUUGAUAUAAAGAGUGAGAAGGCCAAGCUUGGUGAACUGUGGGAUGCCAUGGUCAAAGGCAUCUGGAAUGAAGACGAUGGAUUUGAUAAGUCACAUUGGAAAUACACAAGAUUCGUGGAGUAUACGUUGCGGCUAAUAAACAAGUUCAUCAGUGAAAAUGGCGUGGCUGCGAAAUAUGUGGAUACAUUCACUGAUACAUUGAAGAAGUGCGUCAACGAGGAGUUGUUUGAUGAAGAGGAGAGAUUCACUGCUAAGGGACAUAUGGCGCAUGAGAUAGCAUAUGAAUACUUGGAUAAUAACAGAGAAAGCAAGAAGAUUGUCAAGGCGAUGGCAGAUACUGUUGUGUUGCUAUGCCAACAUGAUGAUUUCAAAACUAAACUACGUUUCCUACCAACUUUACAUAACUUACAAAGUUUCCCAGAAUUCCUAUCCCCACACGUCGACACAAUAAUUGACAUGUUAGAGGAAGUUAGUUCUAAGGAUGAUGCAAUGCAUCACAUUGUAAGCAUAUUGACUAUAAUCUACCCAAAGGCAUCUGAUGGUAUCAACAGACGUCUAGAUGAUAUUGUUCCCCUUAUAGAAGACAUGAGUCCAUCUAAAAGUGCCCAUAUACUUGUUCUUCUAAUGCCUAUAGCGACCAGUGCUCCACAGUUCAUACUGGAGUCCCACUUAGAGUUGGUCAUGGAGCGACUGGACUACUCUGAGACAUCAGGAGUGGCUAUCCAUAUUGCCUCAGGGGUGGCUGCGAAACAAGGCAAGAGACUCCUUCCCUAUAUAGAUAGGCUUGUUGCACUAGCUGGUGAGAACACCAACUACACGUACAAUGUGGGCAACUGUAUAGCCUCAGUUGGAGUGGAUGUUAAGGAGUCUGCCCCGAGAUGCAUGGACAAUCUUGUCACACUGUUCAAGAAAUCUGUUCCCCAGUGGAAAAAUGGGCUCCUUGCCUGCAUGAAGACAUUGGGGCUUCAGAAUAAAGACCUCUUAGUAAAGCACAAAACAAUGAUAGAGCAGACUAAACAGGACCCCCAAUUCCAAGAGAUGUGUCAGUAUUUGCUGGAUAUUAUAGCUGAAAGGAGUCUUGAAGGACUAUCCAAUGACCUUUCCCAGCAGAAAGAUGAUGUUGAAAAGCUGGACACAAGAGUUGACGAAACUGAGCAGAAUGUUGCCAAUUUGGCAGUGGAGGUGGAUGAGCAAGGUAAAGAACUACAGGAGACCAAGGAAGAUGUUGCCAAAGUAGAAGAGAGAGUGGAUAAUGUGGAAAACACUGUUGAAGAACUGGAGGAGAAAGUGGAAGAAGUUGAUCAAAAGACUCUAUCCAAUGCCCCAGCAUGGUCUAAAGAAGUAUCAAAACUUCUGAACCCUGAAACAGACCAUGAUUGGCGAUUACUAUCCAGUAGAUUAGGUUACAGUAAGGAAGAUAUCAAGAACUGGGCAACACAGCAUGACCCGUGUAUGUCAAUGUUAAGUGAAUGGUUUGCGACACACAAGACUAGCGAGGCCACCUAUGGAGUGUUGAGAGCACUAACUGAGAUGAAUCGUACUGAUGCUGUAGAAAUUGUACAGAAGGCUUUAGAUGAUGCAGAUGAGAUCCUACCUGAUGAGCCCGAAGAGUUUACAGAGCCACCUGCUGUCUUCAUCUCGUACCAGUGGGGUCACCAGGCAGAGGUCAAGCUACUGAAGCUUCAUCUAGAGGCAGCUGGGUUCAAAUGCUGGAUGGAUAUUGGACAGAUGGGAGGUGGCGAUAAAUUGUUCCAGAAAAUUGAUCAGGGAAUCCGAGCUGCUAAAGUCAUAAUUUGUUGCGUAUCUAAGAAAUAUUCCAAAUCAGACAACUGUACUAGAGAGGUGAACCUGUCUGUCAACCUGGGAAAACCAAUUAUUCCAUUAUUAAUGGAGAAACUGUCUUGGCCACCAGAGGGUGCCAUGGGUCCCAUAUUUGGGGAAUAUCUAUUUGUACGCUUUUUCCAAAGAGAGGCUGAGUUGACGAAGGAUGAGAGAUUCUGGCCAGUUGCAAAGUUUCAGGAGUUGAUUAUGCAAUUGAGAUUUCACAUAGUUCCUGAUGAGUCUAUGGUGACAGAAGACUACAAGGAAUGGUGGAAUCCUCCUGCUGAGGUGAUUGUUAUUAAGAAGAAGGAAGAUAAACCUGAAGAGACGAAAGCAGAACCCAAACUAGCCCCAGCACAACCUGUAGAGGAAAAGCCUGAGCCAAGCAGAGCUCCUCCAGUGUUUAUAUCCUACCAAUGGGGCAAGCAGCCUCAGAUCAAAGCCCUCUAUGGGAGACUAACUGACCUGGGAUUCCCUUGCUGGAUGGAUAUACAUCAGAUGGGAGGGGGAGACUCUCUCUAUGAUAAGAUUGAUAAAGGAGUCCGGGGAUGUGAUGUAGUCAUAUCUUGCAUCACAACAAAGUAUGCCAAGUCUGCCAACUGUCGCCGUGAAGUGAGUCUUGCUGAUGCCCUCCAGAAACCUAUCAUCCCCAUACAACUUGAUGAAACUCCUUAUCCCCCUGAGGGCCCCAUGAGCAUGGUCCUUACCCAGCUGAUUCCAAUACUAUUCACGCGUGACCCACAGGUUCAAUUUGAAUGGACAGGUCUGGAAUUUGACGAACUUCAUGGAAAGCUAAAACUUCAUGUCAAAGCAGAGGAUAUGAUUGAUGGGGUUGAUGGUGAUGCUAACAGAGGAGGUGAUAAAGAAGAUGUUAAGAAGGAAGAGCCGAAAGUCAAAGAGGAUCUAAAGAAGGAGGAGUCUCAUCCCAAAGAAGAUCCAAAGGAGGACCCUAAAGUGAAAGAAGUAGAAGAUGCUAAUGCUGUCGAAGAUAAAGAUGUUAAACCUCAAGAAACUCGGGACAAUGAUUUUAAAAAUGAUGACAAAACAGAAAAUGAUGCUAAAAGUGAGAAUAGUGCAACCCCAAGGGGAAAUAGUGCAUCAAAGAGAGGAAAUAGUGCAACAUCUAGGGUAAAAAGUGCACCAAGAGGCCAAAGUGCACAUGAAAGGGGAAAUAGUGCAUCUGAUAAAGGAAAAAGUACAAGUUCAAAGGAACAUAAUUCUGCAAAUGGAAGUACAGUGUCACUCAAACCAAGUGAAGGGCGGAAGCCAAGUAAAACCUGUGUGCUUUUGUGAUUUUCAACUAAAAUGUUCGUUUUUAUAUCAAUUUAUCUCUGAUUUUUUAGACAUAUCAAUACAGACAGUGUAUUUACAAAAUACAAAGCAGAAAUGUUCAUAAUACAAAAUGAUACAAUAUACUAGUAAUUCAGAUUAUUGAUGAUUGUUGACAACUAUUUAACAAAAUGAAACUCACUAUCAAUCUUUGAAACUAUAUGUUUAUAAUAUAAAAUAUUUCUAAAUGUCACUAACAUUUUUCCAUUUUCCUCUGACAGCUCACACCACUUAGUAUAGAUUGCGAAACAGAUUAUUGUAAUAAGAAUGUUUCUGUAGUGUAUUAUGUUGUUUCCCAAAGGCCAACCAAUGAUUAGAUGUUUAUGAUGUGACAGUUUUACUGAUUUUUUUCCCAAAUUGCGGUUACCUUUUUACAUUCAAAAUGCAAAUGCUUUGAGGUAUUGGAUGCAGUUACAUAUGGAGCAAGAACUUUGACAGUUACUGUUCCACUAGAGACCAGAUUUCCACAUGCAAGUAAAUUGUUCAAAAUUUUUGUCGGUCGAUAUUGUUCCAGAUUUUGUUAUUAUCUUAAAUAUUGAAUUCCUUGUUCCAUUUUUGUUUCAACUAAAUGUAUUUUGAACUUUAUGAGCCAGUAUAUAAACUAGAUUUUUUUAAUUAUCUAAAUGAGUGAAAUUUUUGUAAUGCUUUGUAAAUAACCUAAAGUUAUUUGCAAAUAUAAGUUUUGUUCAUUGAGAUUUUCUUUGUUGAUUUGCCAUUUUUAGUUGUUUUAUGUGCCAAUGACAAUCAAUACCAAAUAUGUAUAUGAUAUUAACUAUAUAUCUGUUGUAGUCACAUGAUAUUACGACUCAGGACUCUAGUUAGCUUGAUGAAAGAAGAUUUAUUUUUUAUAAAAACCUGUAUUAUAUAAUUAAUUUCCUGCUGUUCUAGCUUUUUAGCGAUAUUAUACGUUCUCUUUAGAGAAGACGAAGUGGAAUAGUUCAGGCUACUAUACAGGGUUGCUAUUCAUACUUUAUGUCAUAAUUGCCUCCAGUUAUUUUUAUAUCAUAAUUAUAAAGUUAAGUAUAGUAUUCCAUAUAACAUAAUUCCGUCCAAUUAUUUAUCUAUUGUAUUAUAUAUUAUGUAAAAUUUUGAUUACUGCAUGUAUUUGUAUUUUGGUGAAUCAUGUGAAUGUUAUUUUCUUUUAUUAUACAAGUUUUAUUAUACAUUGUACUUGCAUAAAGUAUACUAUACAAUAACAUUUUUAUAAUAUAUUGUACCUGAAUAAAAU